CUUCAGCCCAGGCGCUGGUCCCAGCUCCUGCCACGCUGACCGGAGGGCUCUUUGUGAGAAGACAACUUGACUUAUAAGGACAUGGCUCAGAUGGGGAAGGAAUUUAAGGCUGGCGUUGACUUGCAAAGGGACAAGGACGGUGGUCCUCGGGGUGGAGAUUCGACUGACGAGGAAGAAGUGGAGGUUGAAGAUGAUGCUCUAACAGACGAAGAACGAAAGUUUUUAAAACAAUUCCACAGCUGGAGAAAGAACAAAAACAAACGCAUUAGAACACUCUAUGCCAUUGCUGACAACAUUGACAAAAGCGACCAAAAAGCCACCAAAACCAAAGUGAUGACUAACUCUGCGUCAGUCAUCUCUGGAGCCAUGUGUCUGCUGGGUUUGGCCCUUGCUCCAGUCACUGCAGGCGGAAGCCUGGUGCUCACGGCUGCUGGGACAGGUUUGGGGGCCGCUGCUGGGAUCACCAACAUCGUGACUGACGUGAAGGAAGACUCUCGCAACAAAAGCGCCCUAGCUCAGGCCAACAGAAUCAUACCUAGCAGUGACCAAGAGCUUGAGGAGGUCACGGGAAAGAAGACAGCCUAUGCCACGGCUGCCGGUGAGAUUGUCUACAAAUGUGGGAGCGCCUGGGAAACCAUCCGAAAGCACAUCCGAGCCCUCCAGCUAACCAAAACACAUCCCCAUGUCGCCUCGGCUGCCAGCAAGCUCAUGACUGCUGGCCAGGUCUCAACCCGAAGCGGCAGGCAGAUACAAAAGGCCUUUGGGGGCACAGCUCUGGCAAUGACCAAAGAUGCCCUCAUAAGGAACAGUCUACCUGCCAUCUUCUUUCUCGGCCAGGACAUAUAUGCUCUCUUGAAGGACUGGGAGAAACUGCAGGCUGGAAAGCCAACAGAGCUUGCAAAAGAGUUAAGAUCGCGGGCUCAGAAGCAGGAGCGGGUGGUAUCAGAACGCACCUGUCGCUAUGAAAGGCUGAAGAAGGUGAGGGCUGGGUUUUGCAAGGAGCCAGGUGGCAGAAACUGGCGUCUGUGGGGCCAGUUUAGAACAGCCAUGGUUAAGGAAACCUUUGUGUACACGCAUAGACUCAGAGACUCAAAUAAGAAGCCUGUGAAGUCUUUGAAAAGAACCAUGGAGAUUCAGCCUCGGCCUCUAUCCUCCACUGAGAAAGCAAAGCCCAGGGGACAGCAACGAAGACAAGCUGAGCACUUGGGGUUUUGA